CGUCCCGCCCCAUAUCCCCCGCGCUGCGGCCGGGGCUCGGCCCCGCUCCGUCCCCCGGCGCUGGGAGCGGGCCGGUGCCAGGGCUGCCGCCCGGGGUAGGGCUGCGGUCCGGGGCCGGCCCCGCCGCCAUGGCCCGCUUCUCGGCGUACCUCAACCCCGUGCUGGUGCUCUUCAGCUGCGACCUGUGCCUGGUGCGAGCCAACAGGCCGCCGUCCCCCGUCAACGUGACUGUGACGCAGCUGAAGGCGAACUCUGCCACCGUCUCUUGGGACGUGCCAGAAGGAGACGUGGUCAUCGGCUACGCCAUCCUACAGCAGCGGCAGGACGGACAGAUGCAGCGCUUCAUCCGGGAGGUGAACACCACCAACCGGGCCUGCGUGCUGUGGGACCUGGCGGAAGACGCCGAUUACAUCAUCCAGGUGCAGAGCAUCGGCCUCUAUGGCGAAAGUCAGGCCAGCAAGCGUGUCCACUUCCGGACCCUGAAGGAGACCGACCGCGUCCCCUCCAACAGCUCCAACCAAGGUGACAUCACCAUGGAAGGGCUGGACAAAGACAGGCAACUGCAGACAGGAGAGAUCAUCAUCAUCGUGGCCGUGCUGCUCAUGUGGGCAGCGGUGAUCGCCCUCUUCUGCAGACAGUAUGACAUCAUCAAGGACAACGACUCCAACAACAACAAGGAGAAGACGAAGCCAUCCUCGGAGCACAGCACUCCAGAGCGACCCACUGGAGGACUGCUGCGGAGCAAGAAGAAGUCUCCCUCUGUCAAUAUAAUCGAGGUGUAAGUGCAGCACCAGCUCUGCGUCUGGGCUCCUGGGCAUCGUGUCAGAGCUCAACCAGGCCUUGGAAGAGGAGGCAGCACCAGGCAGCCAGCCUGGAACUCUGCAUGCGAAGAUCCACGUAUCCGAACUUAACGCUUUCCCAAGGGCGCCUGUCCGGGGAUGUGCAUGGAGCUGGCUCCCAGCCGUGCAUGCAGCGCGCGGCCCCGUCCGUCCCGCAUGCCUGGCCCCGCUUCCCUGCCGCUGCGGAGCGUGGAGCUGAGCGAUGGAGUGGGGGUAUGGCACCGGCCCGUGGGGGGAGGCAGCUGCCGGAGCCUGGGCUUGGCCGAGGGCCAGGGUGCGGCCGUGUGGCACCAGACUCCUGCCCAGGAGACGUUCUGGGGCAGACCUGGCUCUCUGCUGUGCUGGGGGGGGAAGGAGCUGCUCCCUUUUGGCCCCGAGACCGAGGUGGGGGAGGGUGCAGUGCAGGCGCUGGCCUCAGUGCUGCCAGCGAGGUGACGGCAAAGCGGCAGGAAGGGGCUGCGGGGCUGGGCUGUGAGCGCGGCCGGAGAGCGGGUCCCUGCUGGAGGAUGGGUCCCACCUGCAGUGCAGGGGCUUCCCAUGCCUCGCCCUGCCGCAGGGGACAAAAACACAAGCGAGAGCUUGAGGAGUUAGUGCCGCUGCAGUGCCUGGCUGGGCUGCAGCAGGGCAGGGUGCCUGAGUCCCGUGGGCGAGGUGAGGCUCGCAGAGCUGCGGGGAUGGGGAUGGCCAGCGCACGGCUGUGGCUUCGCCACUUCCCAGUCAGGGCUCACUGUGCGUGUGUACUGCACGCAGAAUGAAGCAAGCCCGGUUGGAUGGGGGGGAUGCGUGCUGCGUCCGAGGCUGAGGGCUGGCCCAGCCACGCUCUCUUGCCAGAGGCAGGGGAUGCAGGGUGACACGAGGAGCCCCACUGCCACAGAGGCCGUGCCUGGCGCCCUGGCUGCUGCUGCUCUUCCCUCCGUGCUCUGCUCCGUGGCUGGUCACCGAGCUGGGCGCUGGCUCUGCAGCCCUGGACUCGAGCAUCACAGGAUCCAGCGUCUUCCAGGAACAAACCUCCCAGCAAAGCACUUUCAGGACUCUCACUUCCGGGUGCUGUUCAGCUCCUGCUGCAGGACCGGAUUGGGAAGGGACAGGGUAAGCAACUCCCUGUGGUGGGGUCUUUUCAAUAAAAGCAUCCUGGCUCAAAA